UGUUUAAACUUAAACAUCUUCAUUUCAGAGGCUCAGAAGAUUAUCAACCAAAUAUAGAACAGAGAAAAUCUAUCCAACAGUCACUGGAGAGAAAGAAGAAAAUGUUAAAAAGAACAGAUAUAAAGACAUAUUGCCAUUUGACCACAGCCGGGUUAAAUUGACUUUAAAAACACUCCCGCAAGAUUCAGACUAUAUCAAUGCAAAUUUUAUUAAGGGAGUACAUGGGCCAAAAGCAUAUGUUGCUACCCAGGGACCAUUAGCAAAUACAGUAAUAGAUUUCUGGAGAAUGAUAUGGGAAUACAAUGUUGCUAUAAUUGUAAUGGCUUGUCGAGAGUUUGAGAUGGGACGGAAAAAAUGUGAGCGGUACUGGCCUCUAUAUGGAGAAGAAACUGUAACUUUUGGACCAUUUCAUAUUUCUUGUGAAGCUGAACAAGCAAGGACAGAUUACUAUAUUAGAACACUAUCACUUGAAUUUCAAAACGAAACUCGUAGGGUGUAUCAGUUUCAUUAUGUGAACUGGCCUGAUCAUGAUGUUCCUUCAUCUUUUGAUUCUAUUCUGGACAUGAUCAGCCUAAUGAGAGAAUACCAGGAGCAUGAAGAUGUGCCUAUUUGUAUACACUGCAGUGCAGGGUGUGGAAGAACUGGAGCCAUCUGUGCCAUAGAUUAUACAUGGAAUUUGCUAAAAGCUGGGAAAAUACCGGAAGAGUUCAAUGUAUUCAAUUUAAUACAAGAAAUGAGGACACAAAGACAUUCUGCGGUGCAGACCAAGGAGCAGUAUGAACUUGUCCAUCGAGCCAUAGCACAACUGUUUGAAAAGCAACUACAGAAAUAUGAGAGUGUCACAGACUGGAAGAUUGCUGAUGGAGUGAAUGAAACUAGUGCAGAAAAAACUGUCAGUUCUAUAAAUCUUGAGAAACUGGACUCUCCUCCACCAAAGCCUCCACGGACUCGCAGUUGUCUUGUAGAAGGAGAUGUGAAGGAAGAAAUUUUGCAGCCUCCAGAGCCUCACCCAGUACCACCCAUCUUAACACCAUCUCCUCCUUCAGCCUAUCCGACAGUCACUACUGUAUGGCAGGACAAUGAUAGAUACCAUCCAAAGCCAGUUUUGCACAUGGUUUCAUCAGACCAUUCAACAGACCUCAAUGAAAACUAUAAUAAAUCAACAGAACAUUCAGGGAAAAAUGACCCCAAUGAACAUGUUGAGAAAAAGCUGGAACGCAACUUAAGUUUUGAAAUUAAGAAGGUACCUCUUCAGGAGGGACCACGAAGCUUUGAUGGGAAUACUCUUUUGAACCGUGGACAUGCAAUUAAAAUUAAGUCUGCUUCAUCUUGUGUCAUGGAUAAGAACUCUAAGCCAUUGGAGCAUAGUUCUGGGGAUUCACUUGUGGACUCUUUUCAAAACUCUUGUAUGGAAUGCAGUGUGCCACAAACUAACAAAGCCUUAGUAGCUUCACUGGAAGGGCUGCAGAGCCUGAAGUGUUCUGAUGCUCCACCAAGACCAGACCGUCUGCCUCUCCAAGAGAAGGGACAUGCCAUAUGGUCACUACAUGGGCCUAAAAAUGCACUGCCUACAUCUGUGUCUGACGCUAUGGCUUCAGAUGUCUUAAGUCAUAGUAUUAAAACUGCCUCUCUGGUACCAAACCCCACAUCUCAAGUGGAAUGCUCUUCCAGUGACACAGUUGAUCAUCAGAGCAGUACGCUUUCAAUUAGAGCACCCCUCUGUUUUACUAAUCCUCUUCAUUCUGAUGAUUCUGACAUAGAUGAAAGGAACGUUGAUGGACCCAUGACCAAAAGCAUGUCUAAUAUUUCAACCGCAAGUGCCACAGUUUCUGCUUCCACUAGUACUGAAAAUAUUUCUGCUAGAAAAGUAUUACCAUUGUCCAUUGCUAGACAAGAUGUUCCAAGCGUAAUACAUUCUGAAGGGGAAAAAGGUGACUCCAAGGCAGAAACCCUAUGAAGUGAAGUUGGAGUUCUAACCUUCAACUGAGCAGAGGACAGCCCUACCAAGAGCUGCAUCCUCCCUAGCCUGAUAGGCCAGUGCAAAAGUGUGGACUGAAGACCAUGAGGCAGCCCUACAGAUGUCCAAGAUAGGGACAUGGGCUACAAACACUGCGAAGGAGGCCUCUGCCCUAGUGGAGUGGGCCAAGAGAGGAGGAUCUGGUGUGCCAGCCAACCUAUAGCACUCCUUUAAUGUAGGAGGCUAUCCAUGCAGAGAUUCUCUGUGAGGAGACAGGCUGCCCUUUGAGCCUUUCCACUAUUGCUACAAACAAUUGAAGGGACUUACAAAAGGGUUUUGUUCUCUGUUAAGUAAAAGGCCAAUGCUCUCCUAAUGUCUAGAGUGUGUAAAGCCUGUUCUUUGCCAGACAUGAGGCUUGGGAUUAAAAAAAAGGAUAAAAAUGUCCUGGGAGACAUGAAACUGCAACACCACCUUGGGCAGGAUGGCAGGAUGGGGGCAUAGCCUGACCUUAUCCUUGAAGAAAACUGUGUAAAGGGGGUCUGAAGUAAGGGUCCUUAACUCAGAUGCACAUCUGGCCGACAUGAUAGCUACAAGAAAUGACACCUUCCAGGAGAGGUGCAGUAAUGAACAGGUGGCUAAAAGUUCAAAGGGGAGAGGGGGCAUAAAUCUGGUCAGGACCAGAUUAAAGUCCCACUGAGUUGGUUGGCAGACAUGCAGGUAGAGCCUGUCCAAACCCUUCAGAAACUCAUGGACCAUGGGGUGCACAAACGCAUCAUGCCCCAGCAGCCCGGAUGCAAGGUGGAAAUAGCUGCCAAGUGAGCCCUGAUCAGUGAGGAAGACAACCUCUGAACCCUGAGCUUGAGGAGAUAGUCCAGAACCAGGGGAACCUGGCCAUCCAUAGGGGAAAUCCUCUUCUGAGCAAUCCCGCUAGAAAAAUGCUUCCAUUUAGCCAAGUAGCUGACUCCCCAGCAGGAACUCUUGUGCCCAUUCUGAGCACCGUGCCACCGCUGCUCUCAGCCAUGGAGCUUCCAGGCCAUUAGGUGUAGGGACUGCAGGUUCGGGUGAGGCCUGGAUACAGGGAAAGGUGAUCAGCCUCUCAAAAGAAAGGCUCAGUAGGGACAUGAACCAAUGCUGCCUGGGACAAGCUGGUGCAAUGAGAAUGAGGGAUGCCCUGAAUUCCCUCACUGUGAGGAGCACCUUGUGCACAAACAGGAACGGGGGAAACACAUAGAGCAGUCCCUUGGGUCAGGGAAUGUUAAGAGCAUUUCUCCUGGACCCGGAUCCCAGACUUAUGAGGAAGCAGAACCAGGAGUACUUCCUGUUCUGACAGGUUGCGAACAGGCCCAGGAGGGGAAGCCCCCACUUGUGAAAGACCUGUAGGGCUACAUUCUCUCUGAGGGACCACUCGUGACUGGCAAAGGACCUGCUUAGUUGGUCCUCUAGAAUAUUCUGCAUCCCAGGGAGGUAAGAAGCCAUCGGAUGAAUCUCCGCCCCGAUACACAACUCCCAGAGAUGGAGGGCUUCCCAGCACAGGGUAAUGGUGCCCCACCCUGUCUGUUUAUAUAGGACACCGUCGACAUGUUGUCGGAUAGGAUGAGAAUCGCCCUGCCUCUGAGUCAGGGAAGGAAGGCCUGGCACACUAGGUAGCCAGUACACAGCUCCCUGACCUUUAUAUGCUAGAAGAGAUUCUCUUCUGUCCACAUACCUUGCAUCUGCACGUUACCAAUGUGGCCCCCCCAUCCGGUGUCAGAGGCAUCUCUCACUAGCAACAGGGUCAGGAGUGGCCUGGAGAAUAGAACUUAAGCGCAGAACACCUCCUCCUGGGUCCAGGGAUCUGAGGACAUCUGGGGGGAAUGUCACUACCUUGUCCAGGGGUGGAGGCAUGGAUUAUAGACUUGUGCCAGCCACAACUGCAGUGGAUGCUUGCAGAGCCUGGCGUGCUGCGUCAUGUAUGUGUAGACUUCCAUCAGCUUCAGGAGGCGCAUGCAACUUCCUGGCUUUGGGCAUAGGAAAUGGCCAUGACAACCUCCUUGAUGAUCAGAAAGAGGGACCUGGGAAGGGAGGUUGUGGCUGAUGUAUAAUCCAGGUGAGCUCCCACAAACUCUGACCUGAGUAGGGCCAAGGUAGACUUGUCCACCUUCAGGAGGAGGCAGAGUUCCAUGGAAAGGGCCCAAACCAUAGUCAUGUGGGCCAAUACUUGAUCCAAGGAUGGGCCCUGCACCAGCCCAGGUACAGAAACACUCGGACCCUGCACUUCCUCAAAAAAGCACCGACCACAGAUGGGCACUUUGUGAAGACCUGGGGGGCUGUAGAGAGGCCAACGGGGAGGGCCAUAAGCUGGAAAUGGUCCUGACCUAUGGUGAAAUGCAGGAAUCUCCUGUGGUGGGAGGCAAUGGAAAUAUAUGAAAAUAAACAUUCUUUAAAUUGAGGGCAGCAUACCAGUCUCUGAGAUUGUGGGAGGGAGUGAUUGACACCAGUGUCACCAUCUUGACUCUGGCUUAGGCGAUGAACGCAUUUAGAUCUCUGAGCUACAGAAUGGGUUGGAGCUCCCCCUUGGCCUUGGAGACCAGGAAGUACUGGGAGUAGAAACCCCUGCCCAUGAUCUUUGAGGGGACCAGCUCAGCUGCCCUUAGGCUUAGAAGUUGAAGCACCUUCUUCUGCAGAAGAUGUUUGAGAGAGUACUUCCUGAAGAUGGACAGGGAAGAGGAGUGUGUAUGGGGGGAGUAGGAAUGGGGUAGCAUAGUCCCUCCCUACCAUCUCAAGGAGCCUCUGGUUCGAAGUGAUGGAAGGCUGUGCCUGGUAAAAAAGGGAGUUGGCGGUCCAGAAAAGGGAGCAGCAAGAGUGGUAAUCUGUCCCCAGUUGCACCCUCAAAACCCUUGAUGAGGGUCCUGGGUCUUGUUGGCUGAGACCAACCCUUGGUUGGACAAGGGGCAGGAGCAGCAUCUGUUGUUCCUUUCAUUCUUGUUCCUGCCCCUGCGUUGAGAAAAGUCGAGGUUGUUAUGCAGUUUUGAAGGCUGGGUGACAAUCCUCCCUGAAAGGGAAUGCUUCUGAGGCAUGGGGAUAUUAAAAUCCCUAGGGAUUUAAGUGUGGCCUGUGUGUCCUUCAGGCCAUGCAGACAAUGGUCAGUCUGCUCUGAGAACCAACUGGGCUCUUCAAAUGGUAGGUCUUGAAUAGUGGCCUGGAGCUCUGGGAGCACUCCGGACCUUUGAAGCCAUGAGCUGCAGCAGAGCACUAAGCCAGUAGCUACAGCAAGUUUAGCUGCAUCUGCCGCAUCUAGGGCAGCCUGCAAGACCAUGCAGAGAGGGACUUGAACUCGAUCUGAGAGUCCUGAGGAAGAAGUUCAGUGAACUUGUCCAUAGCAGACCAAGUGCUUUAGGUGUAACACCCCAGCAGAACCUGCUGGUUUGCUAUGCAUAGUUGUAGCCCCCCGAGGCAUAGGCUUUCCUACCCAGGAGUUCCAUCUUCUUAGCAUCCCUAUUCUUAGGGGUAGGUUUUGGCUGCCCCUGCCUCUAGUGCUGUUUAUCUGCUUGGACCACCAAGGACCGUGGGGAAGAGGGUGGGAGAAUGAAUUACUCAUUACUCACCUGGGGCAUGAAAUACUGCCUCUGAACUUUAUCUGUUGGCAGAAUGGAGACCAGGGCCAUAGCCACAGUUUUUUUUGAGGUGCAGAGCCACUCUGGUUGGGGUGUCAGCUUGAAGGAUGUCAGCUUGUGAGAUCAGCGUCAUCCAACACCCUCUCCAGCUGCACCCUUAGACUCUAGGCUAGCCUGUGGAGGAGUUCCUGAUGCACCCUCGAGUCCAUGGAUGGCAUUAAUGGGAGAGCCUCGUUUGAGGAUGAGGAGCCUUUCAGAGGGGUACCCUCUUGAUCAUGGGCCUGAGAGGUCAUCUAGGAGAUUGUCACGGAAAGUGCUGUGGAGGUCUGGGUUGUAGGUGGGGCACUGAUCCCAGAGGCCCUGGGAGAGCCCUGGCCUGGGGGCAGGGACUGUCCUGACAUGGAAGAACGGACCACAGAGGUGGCUGAGGAUGGGCUCAUAGGGCCUGAGUAGACUGAUUCUGGUCUAGAGGGACCGGCACCCUGUGACUGAUGGUAGGUCCAGAAGGACCAGAGGACUGGUGCCUGGAUGUUGAGCAGUCUGGUCAAGCAUGGGCUGGGGUAGCCAGGUCUGCUGCUGAGGCUGUGCAGACAGGCUGUGGUGCUUGGAGUAGGAGCAAUGGCAGGACCUGGAUCUGGAGGCCCAUGAUGAGAAGACAGACUUAGCCUCCGAGUCAAUGGAGUAUUCUAAGGCUGACCAAGGUGGUGGUGUGGCAGUGACAGCUAGUGACCUUCGGUCAGGGUCAUGCCUAGCCAUAGACUCAGGCUUCCCAUGGUGCUGAGAGGGGGUGGCAGCAUAGGAAGCCCCGAUGGCUGGCCAAGUGGCAAAGCCGGUGCCACGUGCCCUGCCAGAGUCCAUUCCGGUGUCGGGGGAGUCCUAAUGCUGGUGUCGUCAUCGCCGAGGUAUAUACUGGGGUUGGUACUGGUACAGGUGCCAGUACCGAUGUCAGUGCUGCCGGCGUAGUGGAGGUCACAGGUACCGGGGCAGAUCUGUGAUGCUCUCUCGGUCCUGGGGUACUCAAGGCCUUGUGUCACCGAGAGUUCUUAUCCCUCUGCAAGGUUGGCACUGUGGUCGGAGAUGAAAUGAGUUCUAAUCAGGUCUCUCAUGGCCUCAAAGGUGUCUGGUGUCAAUGGCUCUGAAAGAUCUUCCACCGGGUGGAAUCCUCACAUGAGCUGGGAUGGAAUCUACCUGACAUCGAAGGUCCAGAUGCUGGGCCUGCCAGUGCCCCAUGACCCUCCUGAGGGCGCGCUGUUGGCAUGUGCCAUGACGGAGACCGGUCCCUGCUCAGCCUCUGUUUCUUGUGCAGCACUGGAGACUGAGAGCGGUGCCAACGUUACAGUGCUGGGUAGACCUUGGAGCGGCCGGGUAUGUGUCUCACUGAGUCUGGUGUGCGCUACGUGGCCGGUGCAGGGUCUGCAGCCAGUACCGGAUGGAGAGCCACUUCCAUUAGCAAGAUUUUAAGGUGAGACUCCCGCUCCUGCUUGGUUCGUUUCUUGAAUGCCCUGCAAAUCUUGCAGAACUCUGAAAGGUGGCUUUGUGGGGAUCCCCACAGGGCAUAGGCUUUGAGCCUUGGAUGCAGGGCUUGAAGCCUUGGGGCCUGGGAAUGAACUGCUUAAUAUUAGGGACGAUUUGCAGAAGAUAACAGAACAAUCAACAGAAACUCUAAGCUCAACUAAGAUGAGAACUUCCAAGGAGCACUUGCAAAGCAAGAGCCAAACACAUUCUAACAACUGUCAUGGGUGGUAAGAAGGAACUGAGGGGGUGGAGAGUCAGCAGGGGUAUACAUAUUAGUCAAUAUAGUGGCACCACUCCAAGGCUAUGUCUAGACUGCAGGCUUCUUUCGAAAGAGAGCGUCUAGACUGCA